AUGAUUGACGAUGGUGCAUCCACGCAGCCUGUAAAUACCAGGAUAUACUCUGAUGGGCGAUCCAAGGACUUCAAGCAGGGAUGGGUGUCUUGGAUCAUCGCAAUCGUCACCAUGACCAUCUACACAGGCUGGAUGCACAUCCUGAUCGGCCUCACCCUGGGCUGCUUCUUCAGCCGCACCUGCCUGCUGGUGUACCUGGGCAUCAUGUCGACGCUGCUGCUGCCCCCCAAGCCGGUGCUGUGGACGGCCUUUUGCCAGUGCUGGGUCUUCCGGACGUGGCGCGAGUACUUUAACUUCUCCAGCAGCGGUGGCAGCAGCAGCGGCGGGGAUGGGGCCAGCUGCGGCAGCGGCAGCGGCAGCGGCAGCGGCAGCGGAAGCGGCAGCACCAGUAGCAGCAGCAACAGAUGUUUGAUGUACCUGAAUGAGACGCUCCUGGACAACACUAAGACCUACAUAUUCGUGGAGUUCCCACACGGAGUUUACCCCAUGAGCGAGCUGAUCGCGGGCACGCUGUGCCAGGCGAUCUGGCCGUCCUUCAACAUCUACUCAGUGGCGGCCAGCAGCGUCUUCAGCAUCCCCUUCUGGCGCCACUUCAUUGCGUGGAUGGGCAGCGUGCCCGCCACCCGGGGCAACUUCAAGCGCAUCCUGAAGAAGGGCAGCGUGGCCGUGGUGGUCGGUGGGAUCGCAGAGAUGUGA